AUGUUCAUGCGACUUCGCGGCCAUACUUGCAAGUACUGCAUGGGCAUUGAUGAGCAACACUACAAGCGUCAUCACGACGUUGCCGAGCGCUUACGAGCCGUCUAUGAGAGUUGUGGCGAGGUCGACUGGAACAUCGUACCGGACGAAUCUGAGCUAGACGAACGUGGAAGAGCGAGAGAUCUCGGCGAUGACGACGCUCCAUCCUCGAAGCGUGAGCGGAAGGAUGCAAAGCGUCUGGCAAGAGCGGCGAGUAGAUCCAGAGUCAUCACGCAGGAGGAGAUCAGAUACAUCGACUCGAUUGUACAUUCAGCUGAAGGCAUAACGAGCAACGACGCGGACGGGCCGCGGAAUCCGGAAGAGAUCGAGGAGAUUGAGCGACAGCUUCGUGUAGGUGCUGAGUUUGUCGCUUUGCUAUCUACUCUGUUCGAAUUACUGACUACUCCACAGUACCACGCCCAUGUAUACAGCACGCAAGUCAGCCGCAAGGGAAUUAGAAAGCUCGCCGAGGCACCUGCGGAGGCUCUAGACGUUGACUUCGAAGCCGAAAUGGACCGCAUCUUGGAAACCUUCCGUAUCAACGAGCUACUUAGGCGUAACACCAAGACGAAGGGUCUACAAGGGAAAGAACUCAAGAUGUUCCAAGGUCUCGUCGACACAUUCAAGCAAGCCAUCCUGGAGGACAUCGUUUUGGUCAAGAAAGACAAUGCCGAAGUGCGAAUGCGACGGGCAGGUUAUCUCCGAUACACUAGUAAGACCGCAUACGGUAUCGUAGAAGAGAGGUAUACUGGAAAGGACUGGAAAACUGGCGAGAAGUUCGCGUCUAGUCUGAGUGAUUUCAGUGGCGUUAUCACCCCCACAGAUGAGACUGCUCCACUAGUCAGGUUCGUUGCCCUUACCCUCAUCUUUAGUCUUGCGAAAGCGCCACAAAACGCUGCCGAAGUUUGUGAUCAGGACGAUGACCAGUCGCCGCGGCGGUCCAGUGCCCUUGACACCUCUGACCGAAGGCAUCUUGAGAGCAACCACAAGCGCGUGAACGGCGAUGACGGACUCUACCAUGCAGACAUCGAGCCAUAUCAUACUCCGCUAUUACCUUUGCCACCCGCUCCAACCUUGAACAGACAUCCAGCUGCGGUUCUGGUGAUCAACGUCAAGGCUUCGGAGCGGGGGCCGACUACAGUGCCUGGCCGGAUCAAGAAACCACAACCAGCUCCCGAUGGAUGGCAGGUCGUCACAAAUGGGGUAACACCAACAAAAUCGGUAGCAAAGACGCGCGCUUGGGGUAACAUUCCAAGUAAGCCUCCGGCUCGUGCACCUCGGCCUGGACCGACUCCGUGGCUUUCCGACUUGCGCGACUUCCCAGAUCUCUCAACGACGCGGAGCUCUUCAGAUGAGUCUUAUAGCCAAGCUCCAGCAGUCAAACCUCCAAAGACUUGGGGUAUGUCAGCGCCCGAGAGUUUUGUGACCGAGGCGGAAGACUCUGUCAACGGCCAUCCCGCAAUCUCGCAGAGGAAGAAGGCUAAGAAGGCACGAGAGGCGAAGCGCAAGGCAAAGAAGCAGUCUGCACCGGAGUCAGCUAUCAGUCCUGCUGAUAUUCGCAAUGAAGCCACUGAAGAUGUCCAUGAUGUGGGUGACGUUGUAGCACAAGCUGGUUACACGCCGCCUGAGACUAUGCUCUACACCAAGGACCAGGUCAGUUCUCAAGAUGCGCUACCGUACAUCUCGAUCGCCGGUGGUCACGAUGCGUCCACCGAGGCAGUAUCAGAGCCGGUCUCUACGGACACGGCAUUCGCUAAGGGAGUCACUGGGCCUUUCAACCGCCUCCGUGGAGAGAAACUACUAUCACUGUACGAGAAGGAUCAUCGGACCAAGGGCCGCUUGAUGCUGGUAGACGAUGAUCUGAUCAACUAUCUCAUCGAAGACCCCACUAUGCGAGCACGCAAUCGCAACCCAGAUGGCGUACCUGAUCGUCUGCAGAAAGAGUACGACGACGUUAAGAUUGGCCUCAACCCCGGAGCACUAAUGGCUCAAGAGCUUCGAUUCGAGCGACUCUAUGCAAAGAACGGAUUCAGCAAACAGAAGCUCACUCAGGUCAUGUUACAGGAUAUCCAGCACAACGAACUCGAGCGUCUGGGUACGGAGUGCAUUUGCUACUGUCGUGCUACCGCACCAAAGGGUGGAUUACCCGCGAAGGACACUGUCGUCUGCUCACACCGUGACUGUACUACUACGUACUUCCACAAGUCAUGUGUAAAGAAGCUAGGUGUGGAGAAGGUGUCGCGCUGGUACUGCACAUCAUGUGAACAGCAGAUGAAGAUACUUGCAUGUCAGACGCUACGUGGACUAGGCUAUACCGAUAUCCCCAUGGAGCAUCUUUGCAGCUCUUCACAUGGGCUGAACGCGGAAGAAUUCGAAGAGAUGUUUGAUGAGAAGCUCAGGCAGAUGAUGAACUCACCCGACAUGGACUACCUUACAUUGCUACCCCCCGAGAUUAGAGAGAAGGUCAAAGAACUUGGCGGGCUAUCUUCCAUGCCUGCACAGUUACAUAAGCAACUGAAAGAGAAGGUUAGGGCUAUUGGCAUCAAGUUCGCGGGAGCCGCUGUUGAUUUCCCGAUGUCUGAUGAGAUGCGACGCAUGCUUUGA